AUGGUGUCAUCUGCAAACUGCAACAGAGAUAAAGGGUCAUGGAGUGUUGAGUCGGUCUUAUAUGUUGUUGAUGUUUUACUUUGCGAAAUUUUUGCUUUACUCUGGAAUGCUGGUGGUGUUGCGGUUUGUGGUGCUGGAAUCACUGACAGAGACUUGGUGUUGGCUUAUUUGAGGCUGAAGCCGACUGAGUUUGCGGGCGACGGCGACACCCUAGAUUUUCUAGAGGAGGUUGAGCGGAAUGCUCAGAGACUACAGGCUUCUGAGAGACAGAUCGUUAUGCUAGUGGAGAUGUCCUUGAAGGGUGCUGCAAAUGACUGGUUUCGCAGGGAGAUUCGCGCAGUUAUGGCUACUAUUACAUGGGCGGACUUUGUGAUACAAUUCAAGGAAUUUUAUCUACCUUUCUCAGUGACAGAAGGUUUCAAAGACAGACUGCUGGUUCUGAGGAGAGGAGACAGAUCGGUACAUGAGUACACUACAGAGUUUGCAAAUUUACUGCACUUUGGGAGAAUGACUGAGACAAAGAAGGCGAGCGGUGUUGGGUAUCAGCCGUAUUCUCACAGUUCUGGUUACAGUGGGAGUAGCCGUGGAUCUGGUUGCGGUUACAGUGGUAAUUCUAGCGUCCCGAAGAAGGAUGGGUCAUUUCGUCUGUGUAUUGACUAUAGACAGCUGAACAAGGUUACUAUCAAGAACCGGUACCCUCUUCCUCGUAUUGAUCAUUUGUUCGACCAAUUGGAGGGUGCUAAGUGCUUUUCGAAGAUUGACUUGAGAUCCGGGUAUCAUCAACUUCGGAUACGAGAUGUCGAUGUGCCUAAGACUGCUUUCAGAACGCGGUAUGGGCAUUUCGAGUUUCUGGUCAUGUCUUUUGGGUUAACUAACGCACCAGCAGCGUUUAUGGAUAUGAUGAACCGGGUUUUCAAGCCGUUUCUGGAUCAGUUUGUUAUUGUGUUUAUUGAUGACAUACUGAUUUACUCUCGGAGUGAGGAGGAGCAUGCUUUCCACUUGAGAACGAUACUGCAGACUUUGCGUGAGCAUUAG